AUGCCGUGCCAGGACAUCAAUGGGGGCUCUGGCGUGCUAUUUGAAUUGAACAAGUGUCAGCGUCGAGGGGAAACAGCGUCGAAGCUGUCGCUCCGCAGCCCGUGGCCCCCGCCGCCCGGCGCCCACCGCCCACCCCUUUACACCCACUCUCAGAUGUUGUUGUACAGCAUUUGCAUGUCCUGCCAGUCCUUGCAGUCCUGCCGGUUCGACUACGGCGACGCUCUCAAAACUCAAAAUAUUAACACUUUAACGCCAAGUUUUUUAUCCGGCUGCCGGAAACAGACAACACAACACACACAAACCUAAGAGCUCAUGGCGCACCGACAUACACACACACACGUAGGCACAGACACAACACAAAUACUGAGCCCCGGCGGCGGCGGCAAAACGCCAUGUUGGAUUAUUCAGCUCGACGCCAUUUCGCGUCACAAUGCGCGCUAUGCGCCGCCAUCAUUGCACUCGACAGCGAACGGCACGGCACACGGCACAAGGCACACGGCAGCAGCAGCAGCAACAGCUAUGACUAUGACUCUGACUACGGCUCUGGCUCUGGCAACAGCUACAACAACACCGUUAGUGGCCCACCCGGCGGAUGAAGUUGCAAUUCAAAGUCAUAAACACGUGGAGCGUGGGCGCAAAGUCUAAGCUAAGCCGCGAAGCAGGCUGACAGUGGCAGCGGCAGCGGCGACAGCAACGGCAACGGCACUUCCGGCCCAGAGAUUCCUAGCCUGGCCUUUUUUUCCAGACCAUUUUGUUGCUGCCUCUGUUCUGGUUGUCUCCGCGAUGUACAGAAGAGACAUGUAUGUUGUCUGGAAUAUCGCGUAUCCGCUACAGAAGUACGCGUAG